UUUAUCCUACGACGCAAAAGAGUAAGUCAGUCUUAUCUCAACGUUCAAAAUGACUGGUCGCGGUAAAGGAGGAAAAGGACUCGGCAAAGGAGGCGCCAAACGUCAUCGCAAAGUUUUGCGUGACAACAUCCAGGGAAUCACCAAGCCGGCCAUCCGUCGUCUUGCCCGUCGUGGUGGUGUGAAGCGUAUCUCUGGUCUCAUCUACGAGGAAACCCGUGGUGUUUUAAAGGUGUUUCUCGAGAACGUGAUUCGUGACGCCGUCACCUACACUGAACACGCCAAGAGGAAGACGGUGACGGCCAUGGAUGUCGUCUACGCACUGAAACGCCAGGGCCGCACUCUGUACGGCUUCGGCGGUUAAAUUC